AUGUCAUAUAACAAGAAUUAUGGAGGACAGUUCAUGGGCCUUCGUCCAACGGGAAAUAAAAAUGAGAACAAGAUGACACAAGAAGACUUAAGGAAGAUAUUUAAAAAAGAGGAAAGGAAGGAUGCGUAUAAAGUUAUUUUCACCCUUUCAGAAUUGAGGGGAGUAAACUUACCAGAGGUGGAGAAUGGGGAUAUUUAUUUCUUCUGCACGGCGAUAUUCGACAACGACGAUGUGAAGACGUCCAUGUCGAGGUCCAACUACAACUCUUCCUUCGUCCGAGGGCAGUACAUCCUGGAGGCCUACUCACUUGAGUUCAACGAGGACAUUGUCUUAAAAAUUCCCGACGAAGCCAACUUUGCACGAGUCUACGUGUCCUACCUGACGGUCACAGAUGAGAACGGAACAAGAAAUAUCAAACUGGAAGGAAUAGGAUACACGGACCCGUUUAAGCUGACUGAAUGCCAUGUUUUCCCAUACGCCCGGUUCAAGCUGAACACGGCCAUUGGUGCGGAUGAGACGAAAGCAACCCUGCGGAUGUGCGUCAAGUGCGUGGACAAGAGCCACCCGUCAGUAGUAAAGGAAACUCAAGAAUUUAAUGUUAUCGAUGAAUUCAGAACACUGUGCACGGAAUGA